UGUUGUACCACAAGUAAAUUCGUCUUGGCCCCGAUUGUAACGUCCAGCAGCAGCUCCAGCUUCAGCUCCAUAAAGCCAACUAAGUGUACACAAUAAAAACGCGAGUGCAUUUAAGAGGAAAAAACAGAGGAAAAGCCAAAGCGCAAUUGUAACAAAGAAAACUUAUUUGAAACGGAGCGUCCAGACGCGCAGUUCAUAUAGUGAAGGAUUCGCUGCAGGACAUGCGUGAAAACAACUCCGCCCCAAAUUGAAGCUGGCUGCAAUUUUGACACACAAAUCUCGGCUGGCCAUGUGGCGCGACCCGUUGUUACCAAUCAGCAAACGAUUUGGCGACUAGGCACAGCUCAGCUCCGGGAUAAUGAGUGCAGCCGGAAAUGUGAGCGCUCCAAUUGGAGUUCCAGUUGCAGCUGGUGCGGAAAGCAGCGCCCUGCACUCGCUGGAUAGCUAUGAUGUGCUCUAUGAUGGCCAGGAGCACGAUGAUACCAAAAGCAUCUCUCACUUGGAUUGGCCUUUUUUGAUUAAGGGCAUCCUGGAGAGCAGCCAGACAUGUGCACCCACCGCACCCGAUACGCUGGCGGCGCUGCUGUGGGCCAUUAUAGCGGUAUUUGGAAUUGUUUAUGCCCUGCUGGGCUAUCGCUGUCUGCGCGCGGUCGGCUUCCUCAGCGGCCUGAUGGUGGGCGCCAAUGGCAUAUUCAUAUUGCAGGACUUUCAAAUAACCUGGCUGGGCAAGCCGGCCGACUCGGCGCUGGCCAUUGUUGCCGGCCUUCUCGGCGCUGUGCUCGGCUCCACAUAUCCCGUGGCCUCCGUUCUAAUCAGCGCCUUUGCCGGCGCCCUACUUUCGGGCGCUGCGAUGGCCGUCUGUGUGGCCACCAUGCCGGACAAUGAGUUUGGGUAUCGCGAGAUUUAUGUGGCCGUGGUGGGCGGCGCCGUCAUCUGCUCGGUGCUGACGCUCUGCUGCGUCAAAUAUGUGACCAUAUUGACAUCCAGCAUUGUGGGCACGGCCAUGGUGAUUGGCGCAAUAGAUUUUUUCAUGCACAGCCUGGAGACAAUCAAUUGGAUACUCAAUAUGAAGCCGCAUCCCAUGCCGCCGCCCUGCUACGGCGGCCUGCUGAUCACCGCCUGGCCCGUGACCAUUGUGAUCAGCAUAAUGGUGCAGUGCUUCAUCACCGCCUGGCGGGUGGAUCAUCGCAAGCGCAUCUAUAUGCGGCACCAUCAACAGCAUCCGCAUGGCGCCCACUUGCCGCACGGCCAACCCCCGGCGCCGGGUAAUCCGCAUGUGCCCAUGCGGCGGGCCCAGUCGCGCACCCGGGAGACCCGCGAGGAGGCGCGUCAGCGCAAAUUUCGCUAUCUAUAUCAGGUGCGCACCGCGCGCGGCGACAUCAUAUCCCAGAACUUUGUCUCGGCGCUGCAGAAGCGCAUCCAGUUGAGCGGCACGGAGACACCGUCGGAGCGCUCGAUAAAGACAAGCUCCAAUGAGCGGAACACCUUCCGCAGCGAUCGCACCCACUUUACGACCAUCCACGAUCCGGAGCUGUGCGAUAAGAUUGAAAUCGUGCGCGACAUUGGAUAACAAACAAGCAAUAGCUACAUGUAACUAUAUCCGUAAGGGGGGCAGAGAGAGAGAGAGAGAGAGAGAGCUGGACAUGGGUCGGGGGCGAUUACAGGACUAGAGAGCUGGACACACACUUACGGAUUAGGAAAGAGCAUGUAGCUAUUGAUUCAAGCAGUCGAAAUGAGCUGCAAACUGGCCAGAAUUUAAACUUGGCAGAGAUCAAAGAAGAGAAAAAAAUGAAAGAUUUUUCAAAGAAACGGAAGUUUCGUCAAAUUAAACAGAAGCUUCGUCAAAUUAAACAGAAGUUUCGUCAAAUAAAACGGAAGCUUCGUCAAAUAAAACGGAAGGUUCGUCAGGGGAAAAGAAGAUUCGUUGGAAUAAAAGGAUUAUUCCUCGGAAGAAACGGAAGAUUCGUCAGAGAAAAGGAAGAUUCGUUAGAGAAAUGAAAGAUUCGUUAGAGAAAUGAAAGAUUCGUCAAUGAAACGAAAGAUUCGUUCAAAGAUUCGAAGAUUCUCCAGAAGAACCAGAAGAUUCUACAGAAGAAACAGAAGAUUCGUCGGAAGAAACGGAAGAUUCGUCAAAUAAAACGCAAAAUUUGUUACAUAAAAUGGAAGAUUCGUCAACAGAAACGAAAGAUUCGUCGGAAGAAACGAAAGAUUCGUCGGAGGAUAAAGAACAAGCUUUAACUUGAUAAUUAUACGGAAUAUGGUAGAGAAAUUUUAUGAAAUUUUGUUGGUUUCGUUUACGCGUAAAGCUGAUAUUUCAAAAAUAUCUUAACUAAAUCGCUGGGAAUAAGCUUGAUAGAAUAAAGAAAAAAAGAAAUGAAAAUAAUAUAUAUAUGAGCGCAGGGCUGGGCUGAAAAGUAAACGAUCUGCAGAAGAUUCAGUUACCUUAUACUAGCUAAUAUUCUACUUUUAGUUCAUCUUCUUUUAAUUCAUAAUUUAGUGGAACUUUGCAAAAAAGCUAGAUGAGCAUUCAAGUUCUUGAUUUCAUUUUCUAAGCGUGAAAAUAACAUUUUUCGCUGUCUUAUAUUUAUAUUCAUAAGAGAAGCUGCAUAAAAGAAUUUUUCAUUCAUUUUCCGCAAUUAAAUUUUUCACCUAAAGACGUGAAUUUGCCGAAAAAUGUGAAACAUGACUCAAAUAUAUCUGCAUUGAGUUGGAAUUUUUUGUUAAGCCUUUCUUUAAAAACUUUUCCUUUUUAACUUUAACUCUCCAGAGAGACUCGUGCAAGUGAAAAGUCGUGCGGGUUUCUCAACACUAUUUUUAUUUUGCACCAAAAUCGUUUACUUUUCUGUGCAUUCCUGCACUUGUAGAGCAUUUAACGCCAGGUCAAUCACGAUCUAUAGGUAUUAUUAUUACAUAAGAAACUUUUGUUUUCGACUCGCUAAAGCGAAAAGAAAAAAUAAGGAAACGUAAAGCUGUACUCGUCUAGGUUAAGUCGCACAAGCAGUGUUGGUUAAGUCGCAAAAGCACUACCGUUAAUGUAGUGUUGCGUAACAGAGUUGUAAGCAGAUCGAGUUCGUGAUCGAAGAUCGAAGAGUGAUGACGGGCCAGUUGGAAUAGAGCAUUGUUUCUCAUCAAAUGGAGCAUAUAUAAAGUAUAAGAAAUACAUAGAAUAUAUGAGCCGUAUAUAAGUUUUGCGUAUUCCUCGUGUGCUGUCCAUAAACUGGAACUAAAACUAAUAUGAAUAAUAUUCAUGACGCUUCACAAA